AUGUCUUCUGUAGAAGCUCUUGCUCAAUGGGUUGAUGUUACGGUCCUGGGGGAAGAACCCUUGGUUGAUGCCGAAUUCAUCACUCAUCUUCGCACUCAUCACCGCCUUUGUACUUUUGAGGAGGAUGAGCCUAAGUAUGAGUUGGUGGCCCCGGACAUGGCAAGGAAGAAUGCUCAGGAAGCUUACCAGAGAGUUCAGGAGGCUAAAGCGAAGCCCCGGGCUAGGGCUGGUGGUGCCAGGGCAAUCAUCUCUCCUCCUCCUCCUCCUCCUCCUCCUCAGAACGUGGAGACUCCCUCUCAGCCCAUUGCGGAUGCUCUUGCAUUCGUCCGAAAAAACAUCUAUCCUCAUAUAAGUAUGGAUGAUGCUUCUGUUCGAAACCACCUCACCACUCUGGCCAAGGAGAGUUUUAGGGCGGCGGGUGUUUGUGGCAAGCUUUUGGAUAUUUUUGAGAAGACUCCUCUCAGCUUUUUGGGGUUAACCUCGAAGGUUGAGGAGCUGGAGGGGAGGCUUCAUUCUUAUCAGGAGCAUGAGAGGGAGUUGAAGGAGGAGGUCGCCAAGCUGAGGGCGGAGAGAGAUAGCCUCCGGGAGAAGGAGAGUAAGUUGCGGGCCCAAUGCAACAUGGAGGCAAGUUUGAGGAAGACAGCACAGGAGAGUUAUCAGAGUUUGUUUCAAGAUCUUGUGUCUGUGAAGAAGGAUUUGCUGAACUCUCGAAAUGCCUAUGCUGAGUUAGAGGACUCUAUUGCUGAUGGUGCCGAGGAGGCUUGGAGGAUCUUCAAGGAGCAGGUCGGAGUUAUUGCUCCUGACUUGGAUCUGUCUCCUUUAGAUCCGGACAAAGUCGUCAUUGAUGGUGCUAUUGUAGAUCCUCCUGCCCCCAUAAUCGUUUCCGAGUCAGAAUUGAAGACUCGGGGGCAGAGGAUUAUUGAGUUCCCUCCUCGUUCCAAAGACGCUCCGAGUUCUUCUGUUGUUCCUCCGGCUUCCUCUUCAUCUCCCGUGGUUGUCUCUCUUCCCGGUCCUAAUGGUGCUCUUCCUGACUCUGGUGGUGGUGAUCCGUCUACUCCUCUGCAAAAAUAA